UUCGCGAAUCACCAGCUUGCUAAGGUUUUAAAGAGGUAUGGGGUCACCCAUAGGUUCUCCACUUCGUAUCACCCUCAAACAAGCGGCCAAGUGGAAAACACGAAUAGGGCUUUGAAAAGGAUCCUUGAAAAGACCGUGCAAGAUAACCCAAAAAUUUGGGCCAAGAGGCUUGAUGAUGCCUUGUGGGCGUUUCGAACCGCCUACAAGACUCCAAUUGGUACUACCCCUUAUAAGCUUCUUUAUGGAAAAACUUGUCAUCUCCCAAUUGAGAUUGAACACAAAGCCUAUUGGGCUUUGCAAAAUUGUAAUAUGGAUCUAAUCUUGGCUGGUGAGAAAAGGUUUUUGCAGUUGCACGAGUUGGAUGAAAUGAGGUUGCAAGCUUAUGACAACUCCAUGUUAUACAAGGAGCGUACAAAAGCUUGGCAUGAUAAGAAGAUCAAGAGGAAGGAAUUUAAAGCCGGUGACAAGGUACUUUUGUUUCAAUCAAAGUACAAAAUCAAAGCACCGAAGCUCAAGUCGAGAUGGAUUGGACCGUAUGUGGUGAAAAGAAGUUAUUCGUCUGGAUAUGUGGAGUUGUAUGGCAAUGAUGAGAGCUUCAUUGUAAAUGGACAACGCUUGAAGCAUUAUCAUGAAGAAGAUGAAGAAAAUGCGGAGGUGUUCGAAAUUGGCUUUUAUGCCAUCAACAAGUGA